AUGUUCUCCCGAACCCUUUCUGCGGCAUUCCGCCCCAUCUCGCGGCCGACAGCUCUGCGCCCGGUCCGCGUACUGGCCAUUCCCUCCAUCCACCAUGCCCGCCUGUUGUCCUCAGAGACCCGAGCUGCUAUCGACAAAGCGGUGUCCUCAGCGCCGGUGGUUCUUUUCAUGAAGGGUACCCCUGAGACCCCCCAGUGUGGCUUCUCGCGUGCCAGCAUCCAGAUCUUGGGCCUCCAGGGUGUUGACCCCAAGAAGUUUGUGGCAUUCAAUGUGCUCGAGGAUCCCGAGCUGCGACAAGGCGUGAAGGAGUACUCGGACUGGCCGACCAUCCCCCAGCUGUAUCUUGAGAAGGAAUUCGUGGGCGGCUGCGACAUCUUGAUGUCCAUGCAUCAGAACGGAGAACUGGCAAAGAUGCUUGAAGAAAAGGGCGUUCUUGUGGCUGCAGACGAAUAA